UGUUUUCUGCUGGACAUGAAAAGACGGAGCUCCGAAAACGAAGAGCCAAUCUCAAAGGUUGAACUGAUCCUCUCCUAUCCAUCCUCCAGUCUGCCAUUCAAACAACAUCCUGAUUGCUAGGGUUGGCACUGAAAAUGGAGAACAUGCUGUCUCUGAACUUCACCAACUCAUCUCCUGCCAGUUACCCUGAAGAGAAAUAUUAUGAUAGAAUUUUCCGCUGGAGACAAUUACUGAUCAUAACAUUGUUAAGCAUAACAUUUGUGUUGGGAACAGUGGGCAAUGGACUGGUCAUAUGGAUCGCUGGAUUCCGAAUGAAAAAGACAGUUAAUACCAUUUGGUUUCUUAACCUCGGCAUUGCCGACAUUUCUUUCUGUCUUUUACUUCCUCUCUACAUAUUAGAUUUGGCAAUGGGUGGUCGCUGGCCCUUAGGACAGAUAAUGUGCAAAGUCCUGUUUACUAGCAUUUUCCUAAACAUGUCUGUCAGUAUCUUUUUCUUAAUGACCAUCAGUGUGGAUCGUUGCACCUCUGUUCUGUGCCCUGUAUGGUCAAAAAAUCAUAGAUCUGUAAAGUUAGCUAGGAACAUCUCUGUGAUAAUCUGGCUCUUGUGCUUGACUCUCAGCUCUCCUUAUCUUGCUUUUUAUGAUACUGCGCAUGACCCAGACAGUAAUAGUACUUAUUGUAUAGUCACAUAUGCAACCUUUGAUAAUGCUACUUUUUUUGAUUACCAGACAUGGUAUCUGCGUCACAAAACUAUGUUUGUCACCAGAUUUAUAUCAAUGUUCCUGAUCCCAUUUAUCAUUAUCAUUAUUUGCUAUGGGCUCGUUGCAUUCUGGAUUAGAAAAAACAGCAAACACCUUGGGUCCAGUCGAACUUUUAGGAUUAUAGUUACCAUCAUACUCUGCUUCUUUGGCUGCUGGUUUCUUUAUCAUUUGUGGCCUCUCUUUGACUUUACGAAGGUUCACAUGAACUGGCUCUUUGAUCUUAUAAUGUAUGAUAUUGGGCACUGCUUGGCUUACUUUAACUGCUGUCUCAAUCCAAUAAUUUAUGUUUUUGUUGGCAGAGACUUUAAAAGAUCAUUAAGGAAGUCAAUCCCAUUUCUUCUGGAAAACACUUUCAGAGAGAGAGUUGACCCUCUUGAAACACACAAUGACACCACCACUGUAGGAACUGAACUACUGACAUAUCAUACAUGAGAACUUCAUGUCAGUUCUACAAAAGUGGUUCUGUUAAAUUCGAUUUCUAAUACAAACAGAUGUAGGUAGUGUUAUCCCUAAUCAAUAUUUUAGGAUAUCCAAGAUCAUUAUUACGUCAUAUUUGCUUAAUUUAGGCUUUGCAAUAUCCUCACCUCAAUGCACAAUGUACUUAAAGGCAGCUUGUCUGCAUUAACAGCUCAGUAGUUGACUUUAUUUAUUAAGUAUAUUUAGCAAGUAUAUUUAUUCUGAAGCUUAUGUUUUCAAAAGGUUCCUUACUAUAAACAGUAAGGUCUGAGACUUAAUACAAACCAAUUUACCAUGGCGACUACUGGAUGUAAAUUAUAUAACAGAUAAGAAAUGAUAAAACCCUAUAAAUAUUCUAAUUAAAUUUCAUAUCAGUAUUAGUGAUGGGCGAAUUUGCUGAAAAAUUUGCGAAUUUCGCGCGAAAUUUGAGAUA